GGAUAACACAGAGGAUGACAAAAUGGCUGAUCUCCUGUCAGAUUUCCAGCAGCAGUUAACUCUUCAGGAAUCUUCAGUCAAACUUUGUCAACCUGAGGUUGAUGUCAGCCAGACCCAUAUCUCAGUAUUGCCUAUGGAAGUACUAAUGUACAUUUUCCGAUGGGUGGUUUCGAGUGAUUUGGACCUAAGAUCAUUAGAGCAAUUAUCUCUUGUUUGUCGAGGAUUUUACAUUUGUGCCAGAGAUCCUGAAAUCUGGCAUCAAGUCUGUUUGAAAAUAUGGGGCAGGAGCUGCAAUAAACUUGUUCCAUACGCCUCUUGGAGGGAAAUGUUUUUGGAAAGGCCUCGUGUUCGAUUUGAUGGUGUAUAUAUCAGCAAGACAAAAUACAUACGUCAAGGAGAACAAUCUCUUGAUGGUUUCUAUAGAGCAUGGCACCAAGUGGAAUAUUACAGGUAUUUGAGAUUCUUUCCAGAUGGUCAAGUUAUGAUGCUAACAACUCCUGAAGAUCCGCAGUCUAUAGUUCCUCGCUUACGGACUAAAAAUACAAGAACGGAUGCAAUCUUGCUUGGCCAUUAUCGCCUUUCCCAGGAAACAGACAAUCAAACCAAAGUAUUUGCUGUAAUAAUGAAGAAAAAGGAAGAGAAACCAAUUGACUACCACAAAUACAGGUAUUUCCGCCGUGUUCCUGCGCAAGAAACAGAUCACAGUUUUCAUGUAGGACUACAGCUGUGCUCCAGCGGGCGCCAAAGGUUCAACAAACUUGUCUGGAUACAUCAUUCUUGUCACAUAACUUACAAAUCGACUGGUGAGACAGCUGUUACUACUUUUGACAUUGACAAGAUGUACACCCCUUUGUUCUUUGCACGAGUGAAGAGUUUUACUGCAUUUUCAGAGAAACCGCUCUAAGAAACACCUCUUCCUCUCACAACUCUUGCAUGAAUAAAAGGUUGUAGCUAAUGAGCACUUAAAUUAUAAAUGUGUAUAUGUUUGGAACAUUUUAAAAUUCUGGGGAAUUUUUUGAAGGCAGUAUGUUCUAUUUGAUUAUGAAUGGCUGGGGUUUUGUUUUGAGAUCAAGCUUGUGAGUAUUACCUUUACUUUGUGACAAGAAUUUGAUAACAAAGUUUUGUUGUUUGUUUUGGUUGAUUGGUUUUUUAAACAGAUUUUAUAAAUCAGUCUGCUUCAAAUGUGAGUCUUCAUCUGCCUGGACGCUGGUUUGUCCAAAAGGAAUUGUUACAGGAAAAUCUCACUGUCCAUGGGACAGUGUGUGUGGUGUCUGGUGAAGGCUUGAAACGUGAAGAGGAGAAAGUUGUCUUAUAUCUGUUAAAACUGUGUGACUUAAAAGAAUUUCAAAUAAAUGUUUUCUUUAAAUUAAACUUACUUUGUUUGCUUUUAAGAUCUGGCAUUUUGUCAACAUCAACCUUAAGAAAAAACAAUCAAGGGCAAGCAAGCAUGAAGUAUAAAAUUUAACCACAGAGGUACAUCCCCACCAAUGCAGGGAUGUCAGUUGGUCAUAAAUGUAAUUUGGUCUUAACAGAGGUUCAGUGGAGCUGCCUUCUCCAGAGGGUGGGCGUGAAGGGAAGAGGGAUAUGGGCAGCGAGUUGUUCUCUUGUGCUGUAGGACGACUUUGCAGGGUAUGUGGCUCUGCUUGGGAAAUGUCACAGUACAAUGGUGAAAUGCUGGUGGGUGCUGCUUGUGCAUUGGCCAGGUCUGAAUGCACAGGUAAGCAGGGCUCACCUGGGACUGUAAUGUGUUAUAACCCUUCAUCUAACCUUGCUACAGAUGCUGUAAACCCUUUGAGCACUUGUUGUACUAAGAUAAAUUUUGAGGCUGCUGUAGAUGUUCAGGUGCUGUGUACUGCUCAUCAUGAAGUGUACCUUGAGGUUUGGUGCAGGUACUGUACGCUGCUUCUCCUGCAUAUAUCGCUUGGGGGUGUGGUGCAGACACUGUAAUGCUGCUUAUUGUCUAUGUAUCUUGGAUUCUGAAAGAACCGAAGCUCUUUAGUGUAGUUUUUUAAAGCCAUUUUGCUUAAUUUACCUUUGAACAUCUCAUUUCAAAAUACUGACCUGGACUUGAGGACUAAAAUGUGAAAGCUGUGGAAAGGACUAUACUUGUUCCAUAAUUUAUAAAGUGUAUCUUUGCAAGGAGCUACAUCAAUAAAUCAUUAUUUUGAACA